CCGAGGAAAUGCCUCGUUCAGAUUCAAAACACUGACUCGUUCAGUGAAGGGCGUGUUUGUUCGGUAAGUUCAACCAAUGAUAAGCGCCUACACCGCUCGUACUCGAAUACUAUUGGUCCAUACUACUGUCAGUCUUUGAAGGCAGAAAAAGGGUCAACGCCCUUUCAAAGGGAGGGACUCGUUGGCCGAACAAUAUGGAAGUGAAUCGUUCACUUACAAGAUUCAUUCAAAAACACCGAUUCGUUCACAACUGAGACAGCACUACAGGCUGUGUGAGCUGAAGGCAGCCACAUGCGGCAGUGAGUGAGUGAGUGAGUGAGAGUGAGUGAGAGAGUGUGAAGCACCAAAACAUCAUCCAGCUCAUGUCAAAACGGAAUCAGCGACACAAAAAACGCCGAACAGCGGCUCAGCCAUGGCCUUUUAACAGCGGUCCCAUCGAGCGCAAUCCCCGUAUAUCUGGCGCUGCUGCUAGGGGAAAAUCCGCUAGUCGGUUUAGCUUGUGUCAGAUAGACUGGCCGUUGUGCUGGGAGAUUUCCAUCCAUGGCUCUGGUAACCCUGCAGCGCUCGCCCACUCCCAGCGCGGCGUCCACUUCCAGCACCGCCACCACCAACGCGGGGGAGGACUUUGGAAGUGAUGAUGAGCGCCGGCUAAAUCAGAGUCUAAGCGAGAGCUUCUUCAUGGUGAAGGGGGCCGCUCUGUUUCUGCAGCAGGGCAGCUGUCCACAGGGUCAGAGAGGUCAUCCUCACCACAAACAUGCAGGUGACUUACCUCAGCAUCUGCAGGUGAUGAUCAACAUUCUUCGCUCUGAAGAUCGCAUCAAACUGGCGGUGCGGUUAGAGAGCGUGUGGUCGGACCGUGUGCGGUACAUGGUGGUAGUCUACACAAAUGGCCGUCAAGACACUGAGGAAAACAUCUUGCUGGGCAUGGACUUCAGCAACAAAGACAGUAAGAACUGCUCUAUUGGGAUGGUGCUGCCACUGUGGAGUGACACCAAGAUUCAUUUAGAUGGUGAUGGAGGCUUCAGUGUGACUUCCGCCGGGCGCAUGCACAUCUUCAAGCCGGUGUCAGUCCAGGCCAUGUGGUCAGCAUUGCAGAUUUUACACAAGGCAUGUGAGGUGUCACGAAGGUACAGCUAUUUCCCUGGUGGCAUGGCACUCACAUGGAUGGGGUACUACGAGAGCUGUAUCAGCUCUGAACAGAGCUGCAUCAAUGAGUGGAAUGCCAUGCAGGAUCUGGAAACACUGCGACCAGACUCUCCUGCAGUUUUCGUUGACAAGCCAACAGAGAGGGAGAGAACAGAAUGUCUAAUCAAAGCCAAACUCAGGAGCAUCAUGAUGUGCCAGGACCUUGAAAAUGUCACGUCCAAAGAGAUUCGUAAUGUGCUGGAGAAACAGAUGAACUGCAACCUGAAAGAGUACAAAGAGUUCAUUGACAAUGAGAUGCUGCUUAUUCUUGGCCAGAUGGACAAAGCCACGCUCAUCUUUGACCACCUCUAUCUGGGUUCUGAAUGGAAUGCUUCAAAUCUAGAGGAGCUUCAGGAAACUGGGGUGGGCUACAUCUUAAAUGUUACGCGGGAAAUAGAUAACUUUUUCCCAGGAACAUUUUGCUACCACAACGUCCGAGUGUAUGACGACGAGACCACAGACUUACUGGCCCACUGGAACAAUACUUACAACUUCAUUGUCAAAGCAAAAAAGAAUCAGUCCAAAUGCUUGGUUCACUGUAAGAUGGGCGUAAGCCGCUCGGCCUCUACAGUGAUAGCAUAUGCCAUGAAAGAGUACGGCUGGUCUCUGGAGAAAGCGUAUAACUUUGUCAAACAGAAACGCAGUAUCACCCGUCCCAAUGCCAGCUUCAUGAGACAGCUGGCAGAGUAUGAGGGCAUACUGGAUGCCAGUAAACAGCGUCAUAACCGACUGUGGCACCCUGAUUCAGAUUGCGAUCAUCCUGAUUGCCAGCAAGCUGCUGCCCCUUGUUGUGUGAACUCAGAGACUGUGGAUCAUGUCACCCCAGAGCCCACGAACCCCCGAGUCACCGUAUGCUGCGAGCCUACCGCCCACUCCUCUCCAAUUAGCCUAGAUCUGGACCCCAGCCACCCGCAAAACUACCACUAUUACUUCCGUCGCUUGCCAGACUCAGCCCUCGACAGCGACCCUUCCACACCAAUCCAUGCACCGCCUCUGGUGGACGUAGAUCGCGUCUACAUCGAGGUUGCAGAUGUGGAGCAAGAUGCGCUCCUCGACGAUGAAACCUUCGAGGGGCGCGAGGGUCUUCCUUUACCACACUUCGGUGUCCCAGGGGAGGGCACAGCCGCUCAGACCUGUUCUCGGGGGGCAGAGCCACUAGAGGAACUACGUCUGCGGCUGGAGUUCAGCACGGUGGAGGAGGAGGAUGAAGAGGAGGCUCAGAAAGAGCAAGCAGAAAUGGAGGCGUUAGCAGAGGGAGCGAAGAGAGUAGAUGGGAAUGAUAGUGAAGAAUUGUCACAUGAAAAGGGGAUUGAUCUCGCAAGCCUGAACCAUCUGUGCAACGAGAACUCCAACAACAACAACCACCUCAAAAUGCAACAAAAUCUUACUGAAAGUGCCCAUCUGAAGCAGCAUCGUUCUGGUUCAUCGUUCGCUUCCAAGCCCACCCAGAGUGCUUUGUUGGAGGCUAACAGACGAGGCCUUGCCCCUUUACCCCUCAACAGUGUGCCCAGUAUCUCAAUUCAGACGCCACCCUGUGCCAACUUGUCCGUGAUAGCCAAGUGUGGCAAACUUGCCUCAGAUCCGUGCCUUGAUGCCAAUGCAAUGCCCUUAGGGCAUAAAGAUAAGCCAGAAAGCACAUCUCUUGACCAAGAAACUGAGAACCGGACAAUGUUGCUUGAAGCCAAAGGGGAAGGAGAUUCCAGGCAGAAAGAGAUUGAUGCACAGGGUUCCUCAGCUCUACUCAGGAACGAAAGAGAGAUAAAGGGUUUGGAGAAGGCAGAGGCGUCUUGUUCUGUGCAACAGCAAGAGACUCUGGUACAGCUGCAACGCUCUGGCCUCGUUCGCCGGCGAAAAGAGCGCUUGGAAAAACUUUCCGGCCUCUUUCAGGAGCAGCGUGCACGUGCAAAUGAGCAACAGGGAGCCGGUUCAAGCAAACCUGAGGAUGCAAUGAACAAUUCCAGUGAUUCAACCGACCCUGUCCACAGGCCCUUUGGAGCACGGGCAGAUUUCGCAACCGAAGCGGCGGUGCCGCUGACGAAUGAGGCUUUGCUGGCGGUCCUCGGUUCGGGCGGCUUGACGCCGGUCUCGUCCCCGCACGGUUCCACGCUCACUCGCAGCUCCAGUAGCGACAGCCUCCGCAGCGUCCGUGGCAAACCGGGCCUUGUGCGCCAACGUACGCAAGAAAUCGAAGCCCGAAUGCGGCUCGCAGGACUUACUGUACCUUCUCGACUGAAACGCUCCAACUCGCUCGCCAAACUGGGCAGCCUAACCUUCUCAUCCGAGGACUUGUGCUCAGCAUGCUCCUCCGACGCCGGGACCCUUCUCAUGCUCUCGUUGUCCCCAGAACCCGAGCGCUCGCUCAGCCCAGAAUGGGCCAGACCCUGGCCCUCUUCCUCCUCCUCGACCUCCACAAACAUGGAGGUCUUCAACCAAGGUGAAGCAGGACCUGAAGAGUCCAAGAGCUGACAGCGGGAGAUUUUAGCGCAACAGUACCGUUUCAGCUUCACUUGCAGCAAUGUUACUCUGAGAUAUUUAUAGGUUUUUUUUAACAUUUCAGCCACUUGGGGAACGUUGGCCAUUCACGGAAGAGUGAACAUGAGUGGAAGAGUGUCUUCUACAAAAUAAUUGCUUUCUGUUAUGAAUAUAAACAAUAUUCAAUAGGUAAAAUUCUGGACAGACUUUCGUUGCAUGGAACCCAAAUGGAUGUGUAUUGCACUGACUGACGAACAGUUUGUGAGGUUUUCACUGCUCUUCCUCUCUGCUGUUCUGAAGCAAAAUAAGCACUCGCCAUCCCAGAGGCUGUUACUUGAAAGCGUCGAAAUAGACCAUUGUGUAAUGUUUCCAUCAGCCCACCCAUUUAUCGCGCCAUAAAUCACUUAUUUGUGGCCCAGUAUGAGUCACAGAUUCCUUCAGACAUGGUCACACAUUUGAAAAGGGUUUUCAAAUCAUACACCCUGCUGUGUUUUUGCUUCCUGGCUGGACGGUAAAAGGAAAUGGACUCUUUGCAAUGAUUAGGAAAGUUGUUUGUGUGCCAAUGGACACUUUUAUCAUUCGCAGAGCACUGAUGAUUCACUCGCAGGUUUCAAACCAAUACCUCAUACCAGUACAGUACUGCUCAGAUCACGAAACAGAGCGACUGGCAGCACUUCAGUGUUCACACACAGCUCAGUGUGUGUGGAGGCUCAUUAGGAAAGAGCACAUUCGUUUGGGAUUCUUCCAUCUUUCUAAUACUUGAUGAGGAGGGUGAGGAAAGACAAUCAUUUCGAAGGAAAAAGAAAAUCAGAGGCGACUUCAAGCUGCUGUUCUCCUUCCACUGAAACGUUCAUACAUGCAGUUGUUGUUCUCGUGAAUGUGACUGUCCAUAUUGCUGUCAAAAUAGCAGUAGGGUUUUUGGGAAGUGUUUGGGUCACUAUUACUGUUACAGUCUCUAAUAGCACAUACAUGUACUUGUAAAGAUUUUAUAUCAAAGGGAGCUCCUCCAUUGUAGUUUCUCUAGCACCUCUCUGCUCCGUGUUUCCAAAUGCGAUACAAAUCAGUCAUUUACCCAGGUAUAGAACGACGACUGUUAUUUUUCAAGACUUGUUACCUUUGUUCCAGAGGCAGUGGCUUGUUUAGGCCCACCUGAGCUGAGGAUUCCCACCAUGCUAUGGCUCUACUGUUCUAACUCGUUGUCCUGUUUGUACUUGCUGUCGGUUUUCCGCAAUGAAAUCAAUGGAAGGUAGAUUGGCUUCUGAAUCAAAUCUAUACAGAAGUAGAACUGAAGAAGAUCAAACAACACUUACAAGUCAAAGAUGUGGCUUGGUUUCAAUAACUGUUCAAGUGUGAGUGUGUGUAUCUGUAUGGGUGAAUCUCACAAAAGCGUGUCCUGCUCACAAAAGAGAAAAACGAAGAAAUCAUAUUUCGGAUGUAUGAAACUGAAACAAUAUUUUUUAUAACCAUUAACAUUUUAAAAAUGUUUUACUAGUUUUUUUUUUUUUUUUUAGUUUGAUUUCUUUCCUGUGAGCAAUUCCCAUUACUCUCAGUGAUGAUUCCCUUUAGAUUCUCAUCAAUGAAGUGCAAUAAAAAUACUGUAAUACAAUAAUAUUAGUUUUUAAA